AUGCCGGAGGGGACAGCGAGAUGGCCGAGCGGUGGGAUGCGGAGGAAGAGCAAAGGAGUAGACGAUCUGUACACUUCCCGCGCUCGAGAGGCUCCUCAGAAGAAGCUAUGGUGUGUCCGAAUGAAAAUCAUUUCGAUGGGGGCUCUUGGCGUGGGCAAGAGCUGCCUCAUCAAGCGGUUCUGCGAAGAACGAUUCGUGUCAAAGUAUAUCUCGACCAUUGGCAUCGACUACGGGGUGAAGCCGGUCACGGUAAACGGGGAAUCGGUGCGCAUCAACUUUUGGGACUUGUCGGGACACCCUGAUUUCUUCGAGAUUCGAAACGAGUUCUACAAGGAUUCGCAGGGGGCGGUUCUGGUGUACGACGUGGCCAACCGAGCAAGUUUUGAAGAGCUGGAGCAGUGGCUAGUAGAAGCUGCCGACUUCGGUGCGGGCGGAAUUCCCAUGGCAGUGUGUGCAAAUAAGAUCGAUAAGAGACGAGUCGUUAGCGAAGAGGAGGGGCAGCGCUGGGCCAAAGAUCAUGGUUUCACGUAUUUCGAAACGUCCGCGUGCUCCGGCGUCAACGUGGGAGCUUCUUUCUCGAACCUCUUCGAGAAGGCCUUGGCCCAAAUGAAAGACCCGUGAAUGCGAGAAAAGCCCUGGAGUAUUGCGUAUGCUGUCCUACGGGGAUCGCGUGGCGCACCCGUAAAUAAGGCUCGGGAUGAUGCAUGCAAAACAUGUGCCGUGAAUAGUGUUUUGCAUUUGAAGGGAAGCACCCCACCACCCUUGUUGCACGAAAUCACCCAUCCACGGGCCACCGUUUUGUGGAUAACGCUAGGACCCUUUUCGACGGCUCAAUUUCCCCACAAUGCCGAGGAGGACAAGAUAGAACAUGGCGAUGCCCAUGCUUUUGGGAAACUCCGCCAGUACGCAACGUUUCACCAUACGGUAACAAUACUGCCCUCGUUGCUAUCAAAAGGUGUAGUUGAGCGGGAGGAGUUUCUUCAAACGACAUGGUCCCCCGCCGCACGGUAGGGGAAUGAUGAGCAUCGAGUAGAGUGCGUUCAAAGCUGGAGGUGCCCCCGAACGCCUGAAGAACGUGUGACCCUCGUGGAAACUUCAAUGGAACCGUAGCGGCUCGUGCGCCUACUUUCAGUUCUUCACCAACUGAUCGGAUCGCAAAUUUGACUGCUAUGGAGUUGUGGAGGUCACCUUCUCCCCAAACGUCUGUCGAGGAUUUUCUCGAUGUUGUUGUUAUACAUACAUACGUAUUGUGUAUGUGUGUGCAGCAUUUUUGAGAUUAGACACUAUGGAUCGAGAAAAAAGUUGGCAGAGAAUCGUCAAAAGUAAGGUAUUUCUUGCCGGGGCGGUUUAUUGGAGACAACUCUUCUUCACGCUGCUAAGUGCAAUUGCUGCCACCUGUGAGAAUCAUCAGGGCCUGGAAUCAACGGUUCGCUGCUGUUGCUUGCUUGUCCGAGCAAUUCUCGUUGUAGGUAUCGUAUCAGUUGUUAGCGGCGGCGCAACACGAGCAGACGGGCGUUCAGUAAACACGUAGGUUAGGUUCGCACCGAGAGUGGGUAUGUGCUACAUGGUGCAGCAUAGUAGGUAACAACUGGCAGAAGAGGCAGCUACUACUGUACUGCUGUAGACCUGUGCUUGCUUGUACAGGUAAUCAGGAAGAUCGCGUCGAUAUCUUCUCUGAAGAGAGAAUAGAAUCACGUGUGCAAGCGCUAUUGUGCACAUAGCAAAUUCAUCUUCUCUUGCAUGUUAAAAUACAACCCUUUUGUC